AUGGGUCAGAACCUGAUCCUUAACGCUGCUGACCACGGCUUCACUGUUUGCGCCUACAACCGCACAACCUCCAAGGUUGACCGCUUCCUUGAGAAUGAGGCCAAGGGCAAGCCCAUCGUCGGUGCUCACUCCGUUGAGGAGUUCUGCGCCAAGCUGAAGCGCCCCCGUCGUAUCAUGCUCCUUGUCAUGGCCGGAAAGCCCGUUGACCAGUUCAUCGAGUCUCUUCUGCCCCACCUUGAGAAGGGUGAUAUCAUCAUCGACGGUGGUAACUCCCACUUCCCCGACAGCAACCGCCGUACCAAGUACCUCGCCGAGAAGGGCAUCCGCUUCGUCGGCAGCGGUGUCUCCGGUGGUGAGGAGGGUGCCCGUUACGGCCCCUCCCUCAUGCCCGGUGGUAACGAGGAGGCCUGGCCCUACAUCAAGGACGUCUUCCAGAGCAUCUCCGCCAAGAGCGACGGCGAGGCCUGCUGCGACUGGGUUGGUGACGAGGGCGCUGGUCACUUCGUCAAGAUGGUCCACAACGGUAUUGAGUACGGUGACAUGCAGCUGAUCUGCGAGGCCUACGACAUCCUCAAGCGUGGUCUUGGUCUCCCCGCCAAGGAGAUCGCCGAUGUGUUCGCCAAGUGGAACACGGGUGUUUUGGACUCUUUCCUCAUCGAGAUCACCCGUGACGUCCUUUACUUCAACGACAACGAUGGCACUCCCCUCGUUGAGAAGAUCCUCGACAAGGCUGGUCAGAAGGGUACCGGCAAGUGGACCGCCAUCAACGCCCUCGACCUUGGCAUGCCCGUCACUCUGAUCGGCGAGGCUGUCUUCUCUCGCUGCCUGUCCGCCCUCAAGGACGAGCGUAUCCGUGCCAGCAGCCUUCUCGACGGCCCUACCCCCGAAUUCACCGGUGACAAGCAGGCUUUCAUCGAUGACCUCGAGCAGGCCCUGUACGCCUCCAAGAUCAUCUCCUACGCCCAGGGCUUCAUGCUCAUCCAGGAGGCUGCUCGUGAGUACGGCUGGAAGCUGAACAAGCCCUCCAUUGCCCUCAUGUGGCGUGGUGGUUGCAUCAUCCGCUCCGUCUUCCUCAAGGACAUCACCAACGCUUACCGCAACAACCCCGACCUUGAGAACCUCCUGUUCGACGACUUCUUCAACACCGCCAUCAAGAAGGCCCAGAGCGGCUGGAGAAACGUUGUUAGCAAGGGUGCUCUCUGGGGUAUCCCCACUCCCGCUUUCAGCACUGCCCUCAGCUUCUACGACGGCUACCGCACCCGCGACCUCCCCGCCAACCUGCUGCAGGCCCAGCGUGACUACUUCGGUGCCCACACCUUCCGCAUCAAGCCUGAGCACGCCAGCGAGACCUACCCCGAGGGCAAGGACAUCCACGUCAACUGGACUGGACGCGGUGGUAACGUGUCUGCGUCCACCUACAUUGCCUAA